ACUUGGCGGCCAUUUUGUAUUGGAAAGGCGACUGCAAAUAUCUAAUGAGAUUCAUAUUCGAGUGAAAUCGGUCAAGCAGCGAAGCGCAUUUACCUGUCCUGUCCAUUUCGCUGGUAUUGAAAGUCUUCAACAAUGGCUUCAACGCACCGAGUUAGCUGAUCGAUCGGCGGAAAUAUUAGCAUUUUAUGGCUUGAAGCUAGAACGACAUUUUGACACAAGCGAGUUUUUACGUCCACGCAAUUUUCUUGGAUACGCGAUGACAGUUUUCCUCUAGCUUUCACCGGCGAGAAAUCGAAUAUGAAUGAACUAGUCUACCGCUGUCUUGCAUGGUUAUGUAGCAGAUCGGCCUUCGUUCUUGGAAAAUUGUAUUUAUAGCCAACUAUUCAAGAACAUGGAGGACGAAACGUCGGUUCGCGUGGCUCUAAGGAUUCGUCCUCAAAGCGCUGCCGAGCGAAUUGAUAUGUGUCGAGUUUGUACUUGUGUUACCCCUGGACAUCCUCAAGUCGUACUUGGAAAAGACAAAGCCUUCACGUUCGAUCAUGUGUUUGAUAUGGAAAGCAAACAGUUUGUGAUCUAUGAGCAGUGUCUCAGAGGACUCGUUGAAGGAUGUCUAGAUGGCUACAAUGCGACAGUUCUGGCUUAUGGUCAGACGGGAUCAGGCAAGACUUACACAAUGGGCACUGGCUUUGACAUUGCUACGUCACCAGAAGAGGAGGGUAUCAUUCCCAGAGCAGUAGCACAUUUGUUUGAGGGAAUAGACCGAAGGAAACAUGACGCCAAAGAGAGAAAUGAACCACAGCCUGAUUUUAAAAUCACAGUGCAGUUCAUGGAGCUUUAUAAUGAAGAACUUAUGGAUCUGUUUGAUUUGGACAAUAAUAGGGUAAGAUAUAUUGGAUGUGAAGAAUACUUUAUUCCUCUUUUCCAGACCUUGAACUGUUUGCAACAAGGAGCUCUCUCCCGAACCACUGCCAGCACGAAUAUGAAUGCACAAUCAUCAAGAUCUCACGCUAUAUUUACUAUUCAUGUCAAGCAACAACGAGUCGUUAAGCUUAUUGAUGACGAUGACAAACGAUCCUCGGAUGACAUUAACAGCUAUGAAUAUGAGAUGCUUACAGCCAAAUUCAACUUUGUGGAUCUUGCUGGGUCUGAGAGACUUAAAAGGACUGGUGCUACAGGUGACCGAGCCAAAGAGGGCAUUUCUAUCAACUGUGGUUUGCUUGCCCUGGGGAAUGUCAUUAGUGCUCUUGGAGAUACAACAAAGAAGGGAAGCCAUGUGCCUUACAGAGAUUCCAAACUUACCAGAUUGUUACAGGAUUCCCUGGGAGGAAACAGCCGUACACUCAUGAUAGCUUGUGUAUCACCAUCUGAUCGAGACUUCAUGGAAACCCUGAACACACUCAAGUAUGCUAACCGUGCCAGAAACAUAAAGAACAAGGUGGUUGUGAAUCAAGAUAAAACCAGUAAACAGAUGUCUGCUCUAAGAAUUGAAAUACAGAAACUAACCAUGGAGCUAAUGGAGUUUAAACAGGGAAAACGAAUAUCUGGAGUAGAUGGGGAUCAAGUUAGUGAUGUCUGUCACGAGAAUGCAAUGCUAAAAACUGAAAAUGACAAGCUUCGUGUACGUAUUAAAGCCCUACAACAAACAAUUGAUACGCAGUCUGUCAGAAUAACAGACCUUAUCUCAUCUCAAGUGCUUGCAUCGAUGAAUGGUGAUGUUGAUGGGGGAGUGGAAGAUCUCAUCCAAAAGUAUUUAAAAGAAAUUGAGGAGCUCAGGAACAAGCUGACAGAGAGUGAAGCCAUGGCAAUGGCCAUUACGCGCCAUGCGACAUUGAAGUCUCGUUUGGCUUCACCCUCUGCUCAGGACAACACGACCUCUGUACUGGAGAUGGCUAAGAUGGAUGUGGCUAAACAGAGACAAAAAGCACAGAAAUUGAAUCAUGAAGGUGAGGAGACAAAGGAUCAGCCAUGGGGUGAGCGUAGCAGUGAUGAGAGUAGCACAGAGGAAGAAGAUGAAGAAAAUGACGAAGAUAACUUUGAAGGAAACGAGGGACCAGGAGAAGACCUUGAUGACGAUGAUGAUGAUGAUUCGGAUGACGAUGGAACUCUUCAAGACUUGUCAGGGGACUUGGCAGACUUAUCAACUGAGAUAUCCAUUAAAGAAAAGCUCAUCGAUGAGCUGGAAAUGAGCCAGAAAAAAAUCCAGACUCUGAAGACUCAAUACGAAGAGAAACUGUCCUUACUGCACAACAAGAUCAAGGAAACAGAGACAGAGAGAGACCAUGUUUUAGAAAGCGUCAAAAACCAAGACUCGAAGUCGGAGGAAAAGGUUCGGCAAAUACGCGGCGAGUACGAGAAGAAAAUAAACCGUUUGCAAGGUGAGCUGAAAAAGAUGCAAGCCGCCAAGAAAGAGCACGCAAGGCUGCUCAGACAAAAGGCACAGAACGAGCAGCAGCUGAGAACGUUUCAAGGAGAACUAAGCGAGUUAAAAAGAACUAAGGUCCGUCUCAUGAAACAGAUGAAGGAGGAGGCGGCCAAGAAUAAACAACAAGAGGCGCAGAGGAAUAAACAGAUCGCUCAGCUCAAGAAAGAAUCUCGUGUGAGACAGAUGACAAUUAAGAACCUUGAAAUGGAAAAACGACAGCGCGAGAUUGUACUCAAGAGGAAACAGGAGGAGGUUAAGGCGCUCAGGCGGCAACAGAAACCCGUCUCUGGUCAACUUGGGACACAACGAAAUCAAACAACGAUCUCGAGCGUCCGGGAGGUGAAUGGCGUGGAGGCGAGCUCACAGUCAUCAUAUGUCAGCAGCUCAUACACGGCUUACUCCAGCUCUUCAGUGUCUGUCAGUGCUUCGACGUCCAACUCAAGGUUUUCAGGAGCAGCUGGUAGAUCGACCGGACUGCCAGUGAAAACGCCCAGAAGGAAGAGCUCCGUAGAACAGGCCUCGCGGAGUGCCAAGAAGAAAUGGGAUGUCAUUGAUAAGAAGAUCACGUCACUGAUCAUCAAGAGGCAGACGAUUGCAAACAUGGAAUCCGACAUGGAUCGCUGGAUACAGGACCGGGAUCGCCUCAGUAAACAACUAGAGAAGUGUCAGAUGAAAUACGACAAUGUGACUGUACUACAGAAGGAAGAGGGCAAUGUUCAAGAACUUAAGGAGCAACUAGAAGCACUUACAGCUCAUGUGGAUUAUGUUCAGGAGAACAUCACAGACUGUCAAACAAGUAUUAUGGAAAUGGAGGAACAAGGCGGAGACACGGCAGAGAUUGGGGAAUUUUUCGCCACCUGCACCCUAACGGAAGCCCGGAUCCUACUGGAGCACUUCCUAACCAAAGUGAUUUCUCUGGGUCAUGAGGCGUCAUCUAAAGAAGCGUCGGCCAAGGAAGUUGAAGCCAGAUUGAAUGCCAUGAAACAACACAAUGAACUUCAACAGGAACUCCUCCAGCACGUGUUACAGUACCACGACUCGUUCAGUAGUAUUGAGAAUUUAGCCGCGGCUGCUAUGGCAACGGACUCGGAACUUAGUGAAUCAGAGCUUAGAGAUCGACUAAAGGGAUCUUUGACCAGCCUGGAUUCAUUAAAGGAUGAAGUCGGAUCGCUGUCAAGAAGUUCCAGUGGCAGCACAAUAAAAGAUUCCGGUGGAGAAGGACAGGCUCAACCACUACCAAAACCGAAAGACAAGGUGAUUGAUUUGUUUAAAUGUGCAUAUACUUUUAACAAAAGAAAAAAAAACAAGGCGUGUUUUCUCAUGUUGGUGUUAUUUUCUCUCUCGCAGAUAUUCGAAUUGAAUGGUGCUAAUGUUGGUGUACAGUCUGCAAGAAGCAAGCUGGAACCGCCUCACUAUGACGGCGUGCAGUCAUUGGCUCUGAAAGGCGACCAUCUGUUCAGUGGGUCACGUGACAACAGCAUCAAGAAGUGGAACAUUCAAACUCAGCAACUAAUUCAGCAUAUGACGGGUGCUCAUAAGGACUGGGUCUGCGCUUUAGAUUUCUUACACCCGCAAAACGUACUGCUCAGCGGAUGCCGUGGUGGAAUGCUAAAACUCUGGCGGGUGGAAAAUGGGGCUCUUGUGUGUGAAAUCAAAGCUCACAGGCAUCCCAUCAACGCUAUUUGUACGAAUUCGUCCUGUGUAUUCACAGCGUCAAGUGAUCGUUUGGUCCGCUUGUGGCGCGUAACUGGAACUCUAGAUGAACAAUUAAAUGAAUUAGAUCGCUCGGUGGAAGUUUAGUAUUUUUUUUUCUAGAAUGAAUAUAUCUUUGUGAAUAAAUAAUAAAUUAUGGCAUAUUUUCAACAGAGCACUGCUAUAUGUAAAUAAUAUAUUUGUUACACCCUUGCAAAAUAUACGUGGUAUUGACGGG